AUGUCUUCAAAUGCUGUGACACAUGCCGCCGACGAAAGGUCAAAUGUGACGGGAGAGCUGGAGUCUGCGAGCGCUGCGAGAAGCUGGGUCUGCAUUGUCUCAGAGAUGGUGAGCCUCGAGUUUCCAUUUCCCCUUUUCAUCCCCAACUUGAGCGAGCAUCUAACUAACCAACUCGCCCAACAAUCAGGCCUUCAAUCUGGAUCGUCCGUACUACCGGAUGGCCAGGAUUCCGAUCUAACUCAGGCUGGACACAAGAGGUUACGCACCACGGCAGCUUGUGUCCGCUGUCGCACUAAAAAGCUCAAAUGCGAUGCCCAGAAACCUGCCUGUACACUGUGCUCGAAAAAGGGCCACCAAUGCGAAUACAUCAGCACAAAGCGACGGGGCUCCAAGCUCUUACCAGGAGGCUCUCUUUCAACUGACCGACGACAAUUUGCCCCCCAGACUGAUGAAUCUUACGGAAGAGCCAGCAAUGGCCCAUCAAGCGUCUCGCCACCACAGCACGAGGUAGAUGCCGAAAUGCGCGAUGGACCGGGUCUCGACACGCCCUCACAAGCAAACAGUGCCAGACCAAAUGAAGCCACUGGAAGCCAGUCUACUCGCCAUGUACCGCAGGGGAGUCUUUCGGGGACAUCACAAGAUCCAGGGGAGACGCCGGAUUCACAACACAGGGAGCCGUACGAACCGCCUUCAGGUCGAUACGUGCUACCUUACCUGGACUCUUUUCUGGAAAACAUUCAUCCCAUCAGCUGCAACAACUUUUUGCAUCCUGGAUCUUUAUGUGCCGGCAUCGACCGCGCCCCGCCAUUAUUAUUGCUUGCGAUAUGCGGCUCGUCGGCCAAGUUCAUGCCCGGCGACAACAGCCGCCAAAAGGGUUCGAUUUGGAUCGACGAAGCCAAGUCGAUAAUCAUGAGAAACAUGGGCGGAAGCUCCACGCUGACUAUUUCUGCUAUUCAGUUUCUGGCACUCCACGAGAUGCACAAUGGAAACUACACCUCUGCCUGGAACCUUGUUGGAGUUGCCAUUCGCAUGACAUUGGAUUUGCGACUCUACGAAACUGAUGCUUCUACCUCGUUUCUACAGCAAGAAUGCCGACGCCGACUGAUGUGGGCAGUCUUUGUGUCAGAUUUGUUGUUUGACAAUGAUCAACUCGAAAUCGACAUGGAACUCCUACUGGACGUCCCCCUUCCAUGCAAUCUCUGGAACUUCACCCAAGGCAUACCUUGCAAGACGCUUACUUUGCGACAAUUGCAGCGCAGAGUGGACGAUGUGGCCACGCAGCAGUCAUCCAACCAUUGCGCGUUUCUCAUCAGCAUUCUUGUCCUUCGGCGCAAGAUUCUUAGAUACAUUCGAUCCAUUCAUGCUGCGAUGGACGUUCCCUGGAUGGACGGAUCCCUGUUUGCUGCCCUGCGGAAUGACUUGUAUACCUGGAAGAGCAACCUGCCCAAGAACUACGCCUUCAACGAGCGCCACAUGUACAUGUUCCGUGUCAGCCGUCAUUUGGACAUCUUCAUGAUGAUCCAUGCCUACUAUCACCAGUGCUGCAUAUUGCUCUUUGGCAUAUUCCUCCCUGAUAGCCUGGAGCCAAACUUGGAGCAAGUUGCCGCGCAGGCACCGCCCCAAUUCCUGCAAGAUUGCGCCGAGGAGUUCCUUCUGCAUGCAAAAGACAUGUCACACCUGAUCCAGCGGGUCUUCAAUGUCGAGCCGGAGCACUUGUUUCGCGACCCGUGGUUCAGUGUUUGCAUAUGGGAUGGCACUUGUGCAUUGCUAGCGGCUAUUCCGUGGCAAGAGGACGACGCGGAGAGUAGAGCUGACGCAGCGGAACUGUUAAAGGCGAAUUUACAGGCUCUUCAGAAUACGAUGCCCAAGAUGCCACUGGCUGAACAAAUUUAUCAUCACUGCUGUGCAGCUAUACGACACCAUGGAUUGGAAGAAGCCGUAGGUAUACCGCUAUCUACACCGCCACCCAGUCUAAGCGGCGACAACGCGACGCCAUUGCACUUGGAACGAUUUUACCGACGAUAUCUGUUCUUUUCCACCACCAAGACUCAGGAGGCCCCGGAAUGGGACGAGCUCUUGGCAGCAAGCGGCACAAACGUGGUUGAAAAUGACGACGCCGAGACACCUCGCCGAUCCUCCAUUCGACUGAGCAACGCCCGGCUCAAACCGAUGGCAUUCAACUCGCCGAUGGGAAUUCCGCCGUUCAACCCUGCCAAUGCGCCACAGGGGGACAUGACGCCAUUUUGGACACCGGAUGACUUGCAGUGGUGGCAGUUGCAAAGUCCAUAUGUUGAUCCGAGUGGGUUUGCUGGUGCCAUGGGCACAGAUAUCAGACACGUGCCGCUGUAA